UCCUCUUUUUCUUCUCUCCAUUUUCUCUCCUAAAAGGAGUAAAAUUCUAUAGAGAAAAGCUAAAGUUAUAUGAAUUUCUUGCACAAAAUCACAUUUUUCUUAACAAAGUUUUGAUUUUUAACCAAUUUUUGUUUGUAUUAUUUGAUUUGAUUUCUGGGUUUGUCUUCUUUUUUCGUUUUUUUACACACAGAGACAUAUAAAGGGUCGCCGGAAAAUGUCAACUCCGACGCCGGUGACCGCUCCGUCCCCUACAUCACCGCCUAGUAAUGCUACUUCUCCUCCACCGUCGACUCCUGCAACAGCUCCUCCGCCGGCGUCUCCGACGCCCCCUGCAACAGCUCCGCCGCCGGCGUCACCAACCCCACCGGCAACGACUCCACCUCCAUCAACUCCUGCUCAAGCUCCUCCACCAGCAAGAACUCCGACACCACCGGCAGCAACUCCUCCGCCGGCUGCUUCAGCCUCUCCCCCUCCACCAACUACACCUUCUCCGUCCUCCAAUCCGCCUCCGUCAACAACUCCGACAACUCCUGCUCCAUCUGGGUCUCCUUCUCCACCAUCCACCACCCCUUCAACCCCAUCUCCUCCUGGUUCUACCCCGUCACCGCCGGCGGGAGGGAAUUCUCCGCCAUCACCUUCAGGGGGGUCUCCUUCGCCACCUAGUGGAGGAAGACCAUCACCGCCGGCAUUGUCUCCACCGCCGUCAGAUGAAGGGUCAUCGGGAAUAUCGACAGGGGUUGUUGUUGGAAUUGCUAUUGGGGGUGUUUUAAUUCUUGCAAUUCUGAGUUUGUUGUUCAUAUUUUGCAAGAAGAAGAAAAGGAGAAAUCAUGAACCAGUUAAUUACUAUGUUCCACCUCCACCACCACAAGGGAUCAAAGCUGACCCUCAUGGUGGGCAAAUGCAACAUUGGCAGCAAAAUCCUCCACCUCCAGCAGAUCAUUUUGUUACAAUGCCCCCUAAACCGUCUCCUCCACCAGCAGGGGGGUUACUACCUUCACAUGCUCCACCACGUGCACCUUCACCUCAGCCUCAACCUUACAUGAACAGCAGUGGAGCUUCUUCAAAUUAUUCUGGGUCUGAAAUUGCGCUUCCACCACCUUCCCCUGCCAUGUCCUUAGGUUUCUCACAGAGCACAUUCACAUACGAGGAAUUGGUUCGGGCAACUGAUGGCUUCUCAGAUGCUAACCUUCUUGGACAAGGUGGUUUUGGUUAUGUGCACAAAGGAAUCCUUCCUAACGGGAAAGAAGUUGCAGUUAAACAGCUUAAGGCUGGAAGUGGACAAGGGGAACGUGAAUUUCAGGCGGAAGUUGAGAUUAUUAGCCGAGUACAUCACAAGCAUCUUGUGUCUCUUGUUGGAUACUGCAUUACUGGGGCUCAGAGACUGCUUGUUUAUGAGUUUGUUCCAAACAAUACUUUGGAAUUUCAUUUACACGGAAAGGGAAGGCCUCCUUUGGAUUGGCGAAUACGACUAAAGAUUGCUCUAGGGUCAGCUAAAGGACUGGCAUAUCUGCAUGAAGACUGCCAACCGAAAAUCAUUCACCGUGAUAUCAAGGCAGCUAAUAUACUUAUCGACUUUAAUUUUGAGGCUAAGGUUGCUGAUUUUGGACUUGCCAAGCUAACUUCUGAUGUUAAUACUCAUGUCUCCACCAGAGUGAUGGGAACCUUUGGGUAUUUGGCUCCAGAAUAUGCUUCCUCUGGAAAGCUUACAGACAAGUCAGACGUAUUCUCCUUUGGUGUAAUGCUUCUUGAGUUGAUAACUGGACGUCGGCCUGUUGACUCUACUCAAUCAUACAUCGAAGAUAGUUUGGUGGACUGGGCACGUCCAUUACUCACACGAGCUUUAGAAGAUGAAAAGUUUGAUACCCUUGUUGAUCGUCGGCUAGAAAAUGAUUAUAACCAUAACGAGAUGGCUCGCAUGGUUGCUUGUUGUGCUGCUUGUGUGCGUCAUUCAGCAAAGCGUAGACCACGAAUGACACAGGUUCUCCGAGCCUUGGAAGGAGAUGUCUCAUUAUCAGACCUUAACGAAGGGAUUAAACCUGGACACAGCACAGUAUACAGUUCAUAUACAAGUUCAGAUUACGACACACUUCAAUACAACGAAGACAUGAAGAAAUUCAGGAAGAUGGCACUCGCGACUAGUCAAGAAUAUGCCAGCAGUGAUCAGUACAGUAAUCCAACGAGUGAAUAUGGACUAAACCCGUCUGGAUCAAGUAGCGAAGGCCAUCAAACUGCGGAAAUGGAAACGGGUCGGAUGAAAAAAGACAGCAGAGGAUUCAGUGGAAGUAAAGGCUUCAGUGGAACUUCUUAGUACAAGAAACUCCAUUUCUGUAUAGUCUUUCAACCUAACUCUUUAUGAUAUGAAUGCUUCAACAAUUGCAUAAAAGUGAUGAUUUAUUUUGGUCAAUAUACAGGUUUUUUUCUUCUUUUUUAAAUGAGAUAAGUUCUCCAUUGUAUUUAUACUGUUAAUUCUUUUAUUCAAUGCUUCAAUUGUAGCAUUGAUUGUUUUGUUCAUAUCAACUUAGACUUAUUCCUUGAUGUUUUGAUUUUUUGGCCGAAGUGUGCAUUUGGCAAGUUGGAUUUGAAUCAAUAGAUUGGUAGAUGACAAAACUAAGCAAGUUGUAUGUAGUAUUUUAUUCAACUUUGAAUUUUGUCUUUUCUUGAA